UAACGCAGCAGCAGGUGGACGGACUCGACUUUAAAUUAGCCACGUGAAUGGAAAAAUGAUUGUGUUUCAUAAGAGACAUGGUUUGCCAGUGGACUGUCCACAUUCUCAUCUGGGACGAAUGGAUUGAGUCGAUUUAAACUCAUUAUUUGAUAAAUUUGUAUAUAUUUUCAAGACUAAUACUUGGACUGUUAUUUCGAGUGAGCGAGGAUGCCGCGUGCUGUACUGCCACUGAUCGAAUAGUCUGUACCUGACGAACGCAAUUUUGUGUGUUUCUUCCUCAGAAAUCCAUAUUCAGAAAACAUCAGUGAAGUUUUCAUUGUGUUAGCACUUGGACAUGGCAUUCGGUAGGUUCAGCAAAUUGCUCCGCUUUUCCACUGACGGCAAAAAGAAAGCAAAGCAAUAUGAACAUGUUCACCGGGAUAUUAAUCCGAAUGACAUUUGGGAAAUCGUUGGAGAAUUGGGCGAUGGAGCAUUUGGAAAAGUUUAUAAGGCCAGAAACAAGGAGACGGAGGCCCUUGCAGCCGCCAAGGUGAUCGAGACGAAGAGCGAGGAAGAGCUGGAGGAUUACAUGGUGGAAAUCGACAUCUUGGCGUCAUGUGACCACCAUUACAUCGUCAAGCUUCUCGACGCCUUUUACCAUGACAACAAACUCUGGAUCAUGAUAGAGUUCUGCCCGGGGGGAGCCGUGGAUGCCACCAUGCUGGAGCUGGACAGGGGUUUGACGGAGCCGCAGAUCCAGGUGAUCUGUAAGCAGAUGCUGGAGGCGUUGGUCUAUCUCCACAGUAAAAAAAUCAUCCACAGAGACCUGAAGGCCGGCAACAUCCUCCUCACUCUGGAGGGAGACAUCAAACUGGCGGAUUUCGGCGUGUCAGCCAAAAACACCAAAACUCUACAGCGAAGAGACUCUUUUAUUGGGACUCCUUACUGGAUGGCUCCAGAGGUGGUGAUGUGUGAGACAAUGAAGGACGCCCCAUACGACUAUAAAGCAGACAUCUGGUCUCUGGGCAUCACUCUGAUCGAACUGGCCCAGAUCGAGCCCCCCCACCACGAACUCAACCCCAUGAGAGUCCUGCUGAAGAUCGCCAAGUCAGAGCCGCCGAGCCUGGAGCAGCCCUCCAAGUGGUCAAAGGAGUUUAAGGAUUUCCUGAAAGUAGCACUGGACAAGAAUCCCGAAACACGACCAAGCGCCUCUCAGCUCCUGGAGCACCCCUUCAUCAGCUCUGUGAAGAGUAACCGGCCCCUGCGGGAGCUGGUGGCGGAGGCCAGGGCGGAGGUGAUGGAGGAAAUCGAGGACGACCGGGACGACGGGGAGGAAGACGACGCGCCCCCAGGCAAGGAUCCUUCCCAGACCAGUCAGACCAGUUUGGAAGGGGACGAGCCCCACCCCGGAGCCCCACUGGAGGAGCCUGUGACCCCUACGUCAGAGGACGUCCCCCACAAAGACGAACAGGAGGACCGGCUCAGCAACAAGCUCCCAGACGAGGACCUCGUGAUGGUGGACCCCGAUAAACCGGAGAGCGAGACCUCUGGGAAGACGUCCAGCUCCGACUCGGGCAUCGAGGAUGGCAAAGCCACGCCCACCUCCGAGGAGGAAAGCAAACUGGGAGCGGAAACCCCCGAAUCGGAGAUUCCCCCUCCGCUGAGCGGGACUGCCAGCCCGGAUCCAGACCGUCAGCCUGAACCAGAGGACCACGACCAAGACCAGGACCAGGACCAAGACCAGGACCAAGACCAGGACCAAGACCAGGACCAAGACCAGGACCAGGCUAGCGAGGGAGCGCCGGACUCGCCUGUGUCGGCAGUGCUGGACCCGCCUUCCCUUCCGCUGCAGAACGGGAACGCGGUGAAGGAGGAGUCGGCACGGGCGUCUGUGGUGAGUGAGGAUGCGGUCGACAGCAUAAUGCCUGUCGCCAACGGGAGGAUCUCCAAACGCUACUCAGACACCGACAACUUCGACAUCAGCCUCAACCUGUCAGGAGACCUGUCCGUCAACAGAGACACCGGCUCCAUAUCCACCAAGGACUCUCGCUUUUCCAGCAAGACGCUCAAGCGCACGCGUAAAUUUAUGAUCGACGGCGUGGAGGUGAGCGUGACGACGUCUAAGAUCAUCGGCGAUGACGAGAAGAAAGAUGAGGAGAUGCGAUUUCUCAGGAGGCAGGAGUUACGGGAGCUGCGUUUGCUGCAGAAGGAGGAGCACAGGGCUCAGGCCACACUCAACGCCAAACUGGAGACUCAGAGAGAGCUCAUGAUGAGACGCUUUGACCAGGAGAUGAAUGCCAAAAAGAAGCACUUUGACGUGGAGUUGGAGAGUCUGGAGAAACAUCAGAAGCAGACCAUAGAGAAGAUGGAGGCAGACCAUGCCGUUCACCUGCGUGACGAGACCAAGCGCAUCCGUUCCGAACAGGAGCGCGCCUACAGCAAGUUCAAAGACAACAUGAAACAGAGCAAAAAAGAGGUCAAGCGUGAGGUCGAAAAACUACCCAGGAAACAGCGUAAAGACAGCAUGAAAUCCAGAAUGGACGCCUUCAAACAGAUGGAGCAAACAGAGGAGGAGAAGUUUCUGGCAGAUCAGAGGGACUAUCUGAAAAGGACUCAAGAUAACAUCAUCACCCAGAACAAGCGGGAAAUCGCUGAGACAGAACGAGAAUGCCUGGAGAGAAAACACAAACUGAUACGAGAACGUGAGGCCACCAUCUGGGACAUGGAGGAGAAGAACCUUCACGAGAGACAUCAGCUUCUCAAACAGCAGCUUAAAGAGCAGUACUUCCUCCAACGCCACCAGCUCCUCAAGAAACACGAGAAGGAGGUGGAUCAGAUGCAGCGGUAUAACCAGAGAAUGAUCGAGCAGCUGAAGGCCAGACAGCAGCAGGAGAAGGCGCGUCUGCCUAAGAUCCAGAGGAGUGAGGGAAAGACUCGCAUGGCCAUGUUUAAAAAGAGCCUUCGUAUCAACUCCACAGGCAGCGCCUCGGAGGACCGUGAGAAGAUCAAACAGUUUGCCAAGCAGGAGGAGAAGAGACAGAAAGCAGAGAGACAGCACCAGCAGCAGAAACAUGAGAAUCAGAUGAAGGAGAUGGUGGGACAGUGUGAGAGCAACAUCAGAGAACUGCAGCAGCUACAGAAUGAGAAGUGUCAUCUGUUGGUGGAGAAUGAGACUAUGAGACUGAAGAACCUGGAUGAGCAGCAUAAUCAGCAGCUGAAAGAGUGGAGAGAGCAGCUGAAGCCUCGCAAAAAGGCUCUGGAGGAGGAGCUGAGCCAGCGGAAACUGGAGCAGGAGAGAUUCUUCAGACUGAGUCAGGGAUCCGAGGAGUCCGCCCCCACCUCCCCGGGCACGCUCACCAAGUUCUUACCUUACGUCGACUCCUCCAACACGUAAAAGCUGCUGCCAGUAUGCACCUCCUCUGCCCUCUCCUCUCUUCUCCUCUUUCUCCUCAGCUUCCUCGGGAUGGAACGCCAAGCCUCUGUGCAAGCCUAAUUAAC